CCUCCGCAGGUUGAUGGCAGCGGCAGCUGGGACUGCAGCGGCGCCCGGCCCCGGAGAGCCGCAAGCAGCGGCCCGAGCGCUCAGCCGAACACCCGGGCCCCAGACGCCGCCGACACCCGGAGAGGCAGUUCCGGCGCCCUGACGCCUCCCUGGGCCCCAGGCGCAACCCCAGCCCCCUCCGCAGAGGAGUCGCAGCGUGAGCGCCCCUCGGCCUGCUCAGGACCAGCUCACAGGACUAAGGACCAAAGGCAUUUCUGGGCACUGAGAUCCUCCCUCUCUGCCCCCAGACAUGAGCCGGCGCGUGGUUCGGCAGAGCAAGUUCCGCCAUGUGUUUGGGCAGGCAGCAAAGGCUGACCAGGCCUACGAGGACAUCCGUGUGUCCAAGGUCACCUGGGACAGCUCCUUCUGUGCCGUCAACCCCAAAUUCCUGGCCAUUAUUGUGGAGGCUGGAGGUGGAGGUGCCUUUAUCGUCUUGCCUCUGGCCAAGACAGGGCGUGUGGAUAAGAACUUCCCACUGGUCACUGGGCACACUGCCCCUGUGCUGGACAUCGACUGGUGCCCACACAAUGACAACGUCAUCGCCAGUGCCUCAGAUGACACCACCAUCAUGGUGUGGCAGAUUCCAGACUAUACCCCUGUGCGCAACAUUACAGAACCCAUCAUCACACUGGAGGGCCACUCGAAGCGUGUGGGCAUCCUCUCCUGGCACCCCACUGCCCGAAAUGUCCUACUCAGUGCAGGUGGUGACAAUGUGAUCAUCAUCUGGAACGUGGGCACCGGGGAGGUGCUCCUGAGUCUCGACGACAUGCACCCUGACGUCAUCCACAGCGUGUGCUGGAACAGCAAUGGGAGCCUGCUAGCCACCACCUGCAAGGACAAGACCCUGCGCAUUAUUGACCCCCGCAAGGGCCAGGUGGUGGCGGAGCGAGCCCGGCCUCACGAGGGCGCCCGCCCGCUGCGGGCGGUCUUCACCGCAGACGGGAAGCUACUCAGCACCGGCUUCAGCAGGAUGAGUGAGCGGCAACUCGCGCUCUGGGACCCGGAGAGGUUUGCGGCCCACGAGGGAAUGAGGCCCAUGCGGGCGGUCUUCACGCGCCAGGGUCAUAUCUUCACCACGGGCUUCACCCGCAUGAGCCAGCGAGAGCUGGGCCUGUGGGACCCGAACAACUUCGAGGAGCCAGUGGCACUGCAGGAGAUGGACACAAGCAACGGGGUCCUACUGCCCUUCUACGAUCCCGACUCCAGCAUCGUCUACCUAUGCGGCAAGGGCGACAGCAGCAUUCGGUACUUUGAGAUUACCGACGAACCACCCUUCGUGCACUACCUGAACACGUUCAGCAGCAAGGAGCCGCAGAGAGGCAUGGGAUUCAUGCCCAAGCGGGGACUGGAUGUCAGCAAGUGUGAGAUCGCCAGGUUCUACAAGUUGCACGAAAGAAAGUGUGAACCCAUCAUCAUGACUGUGCCCCGAAAGUCAGACUUGUUCCAGGACGACCUAUAUCCAGAUACUCCGGGCCCCGAGCCGGCCCUAGAAGCGGACGAAUGGCUCUCAGGCCAGGACGCCGAACCCGUGCUCAUCUCGCUGAGGGACGGUUACGUGCCCCCCAAGCACCGCGAGCUCCGGGUCACCAAGCGCAACAUCCUGGACGUGCGCCCACCCUCUGGGCCCCGCCGCAGCCAGUCGGCCAGCGACGCCCCCUUGUCGCAGCAGCACACCCUGGAGACGCUGCUGGAGGAGAUCAAGGCCCUUCGCGAGCAGGUGCAGGCCCAGGAGCGGCGCAUCACGGCUUUGGAGAACAUGCUGUGCGAGCUGGUGGACGGCACGGACUAGCGCGGCGCGCCGGGGGGCAAGGCCGGGCCGGGCGCACGGUCUCGGCCCUGUCCCGACUUUUGGUCCGGAGCUCCGGACCCCGCCUCUCUGGGCUGGGGCCAGGGGCGGGACUGGGAAGGGAACUGCGCCCCUCGCGGGAGUCCUGGACGAACGGAGCGUCGCGGAGACUCGCGUCCGUCUGGCGCCCGCCAGGCUGUGUUCCUCAUCCGGGACUCGGCAGGAGCUGGCCUUGGGAGGCCCGGGGUGACGAGGCCUCAGCAAUGGUGCUGCACGGCGAGGCGGGGUUCCCUCUGUCCCCCAGCCAGGGCAGGGGAAGUGCUUAGUAUUAGCGCGAUGCUUGGGGAUAUUGGGGAGCUUGGGCUUGACCUCAAAGGGGUGGCGAUUUGACGGGUCUCCCCAGCCUGGCUGGGGAAAAUUACAACGCUUCUCCCUCUAAUCAGCUCACUUGACUCCACCACCCCGAGUGGUAAACCGGACGUGCGUCACCUCAGUCCUCCAGACAUACACAAGCCGUUGGCUGUAGAACCGGACCCCUUGGCUAAACCCAGCAGUCUAUAGCAGAGGGCUCUUCUUUCCAUCCGCAGGGGAGAGGGCGGCGUCCUCGCGGCACCCCCGCCGGAGAACUAACGAGAGAACUGGCAUGAGGAAGCAGGUUCACACACUUCCUCUACACAGACACACACACAGACACACACAGCCCCUAGCCCUCUGCUGUGGCCUUGACUCUAGGAGGAAAACAACACGUACCGAAUGAAAUAUCUUACUAAGC